AUGUCUGCUUCAUCGGGGAAUCCUCAGACAUCAGUUCCUUCCAGGAGGAAAAGAAACCGUUUGAUUGUUGAAGAUGCGGUGAAUGACGACAAUUCUGUUAUUGUUCUUUCAACGGCCACAAUGAAUGAAUUGGAGCUCUUUAGGGGAGACACUGUUAGUGUGAUUGGGAAACGAAGGAAGCAGACAGUCUGCGUUGCAUUAUCUGACGACAGGGUUGCUGAUGAGAGAGUCUGUAUGAAUAGAUGUAUCAGGAACAAUCUACGAGUUCGUCUUGGUGAUAUUGUUUCCAUCAAAGCCUUUCCAGACAUCAAAUACGGUCAGCGAAUUCACGUUCUUCCUAUUGAUGACACGAUUGUUGGACUAACUGGUGACUUGUUUGAGGUUUAUUUGAAGCCUUAUUUUUUGGAGGCGUAUCGGCCUGUUACUAAAGGUGAUACCUUUCUUGUUCGUGGUAAUCUCCGCGCGGUCGAGUUCAAAGUUAUUGAGACGGACCCGUCGCCGUCUUGUAUUGUGGCUCCGGACACCGUAAUUCACACGGAAGGUAGUCCUGUUAAACGCGAAGUAUGUUGA